AUGACACCCCAAGGUGGGGAACAAGUCGAGAUCAAGGUCGAAGACGUAACGGACCCAUCGCAUUCCAUCGGACCACUUCAGAAUCAGCUGGAGCGCAGUUGCCUGGGUCGGGCCGACGAUAAGGCCACGGAAUUUCGAGAACUAUAUCACGAGGUCUUGCGGGUUAGGGAACUGGCACUGUACGUCGUCGGCGGCAAGGGCCGGGAGCAGGCGCAGCGGCUCGCGGCAGUAUUGCUGGGUUCCGACUACCCCCAUGCAAGAGCCGGAAACGCCGAGUCCGCCUCGGGCGUCCCAGGGGAAAGAGAAUGGCCUGACAAGGCACCGAAGAACCCUGCCUCCCUGGAGGAGGAGCUCCGUCGACUUCGUGACCGAUGCCGAGAGACCGUUAUAAUGCAGCACAACAGCUGUGGUCUCCUAGGUCGCCAGAGUUUCAAGGGCGACGCACACCAUGGCGAAGAGGCCGCCGCGGCCCCUCCGUACGUCUUGCCGCCACGGGAUCUUGACGCUCUGUGCGGGCGGCACCGGGGACUGGCGGCCAUUUUGCCCCUACGGAACAGCAGCCCCCCGUUCCAGGCGAAACGUGAGUUCCUGGAAGAAGAGGCAAAGUGGCUGGCCAACGCAAGUAGCGUGGCAAGGCUGUGCAGGAUGGGGACGGUCAUUCUCGACUCCGUCACAUACGGCAUCGGCCCAAGGCUGACCGAGCUGCGGGCGAUCAAGGCCGGCAAAAUGCUUGACAAGUGCAGCUGUGCUGAUGCCCCCAGCCCGUCGCCGGGACACCUCGCAGCACGGGGCGGCGACGAAGGGUGCCUUGCUGCGGUUGACAUGAGCUCUGACAAGGAUGGCGGCCGUGGCAAGGGCAAAAUGUCUACGACGUCGACCACGGGCGAGCUCGUACAGGCGUUCAUCAAGCAGGAGGACAGAGAUAUUCCCGACGAGCACCAUGGAAUCCAGCUUCCUGCAGCCGCCGAGGAUGUGGGCAACGGCGGCAGCGGCAGCAACGGCGGCCCCGGUGCAAACAACGGCGCCGGAGCUGUCUCUGGGUCCCAGACUGCAGGGCGGCGCCGCCGCUCUGGGGCCUCGAGACAGGUCCAUGUGGCGGCUUCCAGCGAGCAAGAUGCAGCGACGUCUCACAAAACCGAUCCGGAAGUGGUGUGCCUCUUCCGGGAAGUGCUCGACACGUUUGUCGACGGUGGGCCCCUUGGCGACAUGAUGCCCCCCUGGGUUCUGCAACGACAAGCGACGGUCGAGACUCUGGACCGGAAGGUGGAUUCAAAGCUCUGGCCAUGGGGCUCAUUUUGGCUCAAAUGCGGGGGAAUCUUCGUGAAUGAGGAAGACUUGUCAUGUAAGGGAAGACGAUGA